UUAUUUUAAAAAUAAGGAAGUUUGAAAAUAGCCUUUUACAACACAUUCUCAAAAACUGAUACAUGUUGCUUGAGAAUUGGAUCCGAGUUAUGGAUAUCUCACACACGCUGUUACCCGUUUCUUGCUUUCACGCUAAUAAGAGAGGAAAAAUCUACAAUUACGAAAAGCUUCAAUUUCACCAACUGACGAUGAAGGAAAGGAAGUACUGUGUUUACGAAAAUUUUGCAAAUCGCUUUAUUCGUAUUCACUAGUCUGCAUGGACCUCGAUCUAGAUUAGUGUUUCUCAAACUGGGCGAUAACACCUUCUUGGGGGCGUUCGGAACCUGGGACCCUUCGCUCUUCAAUUACCAAAAUUUCGCAUUGCCCCAUUGAUUCAAAUACGAAAAUUAAGGAUAUUACCAAAAAAAUAUAACCUAU